UAUAGCUCCUGUGAGGACGCCUCUUUAAAUUGCCCUAAACUCCUUGAGACUGGCGCAUUUUCUUUAUCUUGGGGAAAGACAGACAGCUAUUUUUAGCACGCUUUGGAUCUGCACUUUCGCCUGCUUCAUUUUAAAUAAGGUAAUUUUAAACAAUCCUACAGUAUUUUUUAACUUUCUCUUGUCGAGGGAUUCUCUUCUAUAGCAUACGUAUAUUUGCUGUGCUGCACACUGGAAUUUAAAGGGGCGGAUUUUGUGUAGCCUAGUCUCUGUCGAAUAAAACAAGAGCUUUAGCUAAAGGAUUUAACCGGUAAAACAAGCGACUGGUUUGUGGGUGAACCAUUCGUUAUAAUUCGGCGGAGGGCCAUAAUCUUCAAGGGAUCAAGGAUUACACCUCAACAUGAGUGAUAAGGGCACCAUUUCAACAAAAGAGGGAGCAGAGAAGAGGGGACGUGGAAGGCCAAGGAAACAGCCACCGGUGAAAAGUGGUUCUGAUGAGCCCAGUGGGUCCCCUACCCCAAAGAGGCCCAGGGGAAGGCCAAAAGGCAGCAAGAAUAAGACUGUCACCAAGGGCAAGAAGACACCAGCAGCCUCAACUGCAGGGAUGAAACGCAGGGGAAGACCUAAGAAGGAGGAAAAGGAGGAACAGACAGCCAAGGAAUCAUCAUCUGAAGAAGGAGAGGAGGAGGAAGACCAGUAAACUUGCUACCUCGCUCAACAUACUGACUUCCUGUCAACCAGAGCUGGACUGAAUCUCCAAUACUGGUGCCACCCCAACCCCUGUUCUACUGUUCACUUUCUUGCCUUCUAGCCAAAGGAGGGUCAACAACACAGUUCAUCCAACCUCUAUCUGCAAAUGCACUGGAAAACCAAUGGAUGUUUCUCGACAAGCAUAUAUCUAUCAAAGAAUCACAGGACAGGUGACAGACAACACUUUCUCUGUGGGUAUGUCAUGGUAUUGCAAGUCUUUUAUAUUGGACUAAAGUAUGCUCUGAUGAUGAGUUUUUGGACACGCAUCUUUCAAAAGACUGUAGCUUAGCGGUACUAUUUUUUCCCUAACACCGGUAUCUUGAGCUGGUAUGGCAUAUACACUUAUUUCCAGGUUUUCUAUUGGACAAAAGGUGAGUUUUGCCUAUACUUGCUUUUUAAGUGUGAAGUGGUUAAUCUAUCCAUUACACCUACUUACCAGUGAUCUCGAGGAUAUACAGUAUGAUCAUUAAAUAUAUGGUUAUAGAAAAGUUAUUCAUGUAAAUCUCUGUAGUAGACAUCUCCCUGUUACUCCUGAUUGUGCAGAAUUGUUCCUCCCUCCCACCCAAAAUAAGCUGUCCCUUACUAGUCUCUCUGGUGUGACUUGUGCUUGUCUCCCUAUAGCCUCUUUGGGGCGCCACUGGAAAAGGCUUGUGUAAACUAAAGUGUACUGUUAUUAAUCAAAGAUCUGAUCAGACUGAUUGUUUUUUAUCAUGUUCCUCCGGGUCAUUACGUGCCCUCAAAUACCUGAGGAACUGUGCUGCUUCGACGUCUACGAAAACUCAACAUAAUAAUGUCAUAAUGGCUUAAGGGUGGGUAGGCAUUCAUUGAGUGGGGAGCUACACUCUCAUCAAUCCAGGGAGCUUUUAUUGAACUCUGGCAUCUGCUGUUCCUCUUAAUGUGGUCCUCCAGUCUACAGUACUUGUUGCGACCCAUCGCCACUUGGUCAGUUCUAGGUGAAACAAAUAGUGGUUGCCCAAACUAGGAGCUGGAUUGUUACUAUUGUGGCACUGUUUUAUCCAAUGGGUCUGUAUAAUAGCUGAUCAUUCCAUUUCACCUCUUUACAUGCCCAAGGCCGUGUCAUCAUCACUUUGUACAGGAUGUUGAAAUACUCUGCUCUGUCUGUGAGGAUACAGUCAGUGUCUGCUGUCUACUCUAGAAUAACUGUUUUUUGUUGUUGUUUCGUUGUGUUUCUCAGUGUCAGGGAUCUCUAGAUUACAGUCCAGUUACUGGGUCUCUCCUCAAACCUACAAGCUGCUACAAACUCAGUAAAAACCCGUAAAACUGCAUUGUGCCUGACAAGGCCCAGAAUCUCACUCACUUAACUUUCCCAUAUUGCAUUCUUCAACUGGUUUCACAUGUACAAUGUAACCUCUAGCAAGUGUUUGAGAAAUGUUUGUAUUACAUAGUCUGUAUUUUCUGUAUUUUUUAAUCUGACUGUAGCUUGGUAUUCUAAAGACAACUGCCUAGCUACUAAUGAAAGUGUGCUCAUUUGCCCCCCCCCCCCCAUUUUUUAAACCUGGCUUAGACAGGUCACUAAGCCGAUGUGUAAAGUCAGGGAGAUCUGGCAGUUUUGCAAACUGUUCGCUGACUGUAGUCGAUUAUCCAGCGUAUUCUUUUUAAUAAAUCUUACUUCUGGUGCACUGAAAUGUUAGCUUGGUUCAGGUUGUUCAGAUUGUCAUGUGUGUGUUUAGUGACAAAAACUGGGUGUUCUCUCCAGCUUGUAAUUCCCUUGUAGGCCUCGUGCAGCUUUGGCACCGUGCUCUUUUCCAUGUAUAAGUCCCUAAUGGCACCCUAUUCCCUUUAUAGUGCACUACUUUAGACCAGAGCACUGUUCAAAAGUAGUGCACUAUAUAGGGAAUAGGGUACCAUUUGAGGGGUAUCAUGUUCAUGUGGAACUCCGGUAAUGAAAUAUAUCAAAUCACAGCUGCAACUAUUUUGACAAUGUACAAUGUCCUUAUGUACCAACAUCAUCCAUGUACAAUAAUUCAUGCAAAGUUGAGAUGGGAUCAUUCUUUUAAAUGUACAAUGUCUAUAUUUCUAUUGUGCCCUAUGACAAUUUGUAUCCAGAAAUGGUCAAUAAAUACAAGAAUGUAUAAUUUG